AGAGAGAGAGAGAGACAUGGAUCGUAUCGGGAACCCAAACGAGCUGUUAACCCAGGUGAAUCAUUUUUGGAACAUGCUGGAUGACAUGGCUGAUAACAGCCCUGAGAGUUACCAGAAGUUUAUACAGAGGCACAUGAAAGAGGGAAAGGAUUUCAUGGCCCCACCAGAGCCGCAUCUCUGUCUUCAAACCAAAAUAUUAGAUCCAGAGGAGAAGGUUUUGUUCAUCAACAUUUGCAGUUGGAGCAGGGUUCCAGCUCCUCAGUCUGAGGCACAUCCUGUGCCACUGGGUGCAGGAAGACUUGAUCAUUUGUCUGAAGGAGCAGUCACUGACAUUGCAUAUAAUCCUGCGGUGCUAAAUAAAGCUGAGAAGGAUCCAAUAGAAUCUGAUCAACUGAUUCGCCUGGCAAUGAAAUACAUUGAGGAGAAAUACAAAGUCACCCUUUGCCAUGCGUACCGCCUGGCUCCAUUCAAACUCAAGGGAAAAGUCAAACGGAUGAGAGAGAGUCUGCAAGGGAUGGAGAAACAAGCUGACAUCAAGACGGAAGACUCAACGAAAGUGAAUGAUUCGUUGCUAGAACAGCUAAAAAGCAUGGCUAUUAAAGGAGAAGAGCAGGAGACUAACCCAUCUAUAAGUUUAACUAAAGACGAGACUCCCAGAAACGGCAUAGCAGGCUUGAUCGAAGAGAUCUCCAGCACUGAGAUACAGGAGGAAGGCUUGCUUGUUUCUCCAAAGCAUGACCUUUGUGUGAUGAAGGAUGAAUCUGGGCAUCCCACAAUGCUGACUCUGAAAAUUGACCUGGAGAAUGUCCAUUCUGUCGCAGAGUGUGAGCUGAGUGUCUCCAAGGAUGACUUGAUGUUUGAGGUAGCUGGAAGAUACCAUCUACAUUUAAAUCUGCCACAAGAAGUUAACGAAGACACAGUUAAAGCACAACUCCACAAAGAAAAGCAUGUUCUGACUGUAACAAUGCCAGUACUUAAACACCUCACUGCUGAACAAACCACUAAAGCGUCUCUGUGACAGCCACCAAAUCUUUGCAUGCAAUGAAAUGUAUGCUUUAUAUAGCUUUUAAGGACUGUAAAAUGUUCCUCAAAUUCUGCAAAUAUAUCUGAUCAUUUCCCACAGGUGGUAGUCAGAGAAUCAAGCAUGACAUAUAAAAGGAAUAUCAGAAUUAGUAUGUGUUUAGUCUAAUAUUUGGCCCUAUGUG